AUGGAUUCAGGCUCCGCGGCGACGUCAACACCCUCAGCUGCUCCCGCAGCAGCGGCGCCUGCUUUCAACUCGGAACCAGCCUCCCUGUUUUGGCUCGCCUGGGGAGGAUUCUGGACAGUCCUGCUCCUCUGUGGGAUGGCAUUCCUCUUUGUCAACCGCCAAAUGCCGUUUCUGAGGAUUCGCGGUCUGGCUUUGUCGUUCGGAGCCGUCACCAUGCUCCACCUGUACUGGAUUUCCGUGCAGAUCGGUCUUGCAAUCGGCCAGUACGUCCCCGAUGGCGCAGAGUUCUGGGUGAUGGGCCUCUAUCUCCCUUUCGGCAUCGCGCUCUUCCACGCCUCGAAUAGCCGCUUCCUCCACGUCGCCAAGGCGCAGAAAAGAUACGCCGGCAAACCGGCUGUUCUCGCAGAGCCCGAGCACAAGACCUGCAACUGCAGAGACAAGACACUCGUGGGACGGUUCCGAAAGCUAGACUACAGCAACAAGAUGCUCGUCGUCGUGUGCACGGGCAUGCUUCUCCAGCUCCUCCUGACGGUGUUCAUGUAUCUGAUCUCCCGCAAAUACCACCCCUGGUUCGGUAUCCCGGGGACUGAGGCCAAGGGCACGCCAGAGCAGCAGAAGGUCGAGAUGGGAAGAGGUUGGGAGUGGUGGCCUUCAGUCUUCUGGCAGUUCUUCUGGGCCUGGCUGAUUGCUCCCGUCAUCCUCUGGAAAUCACGUGGAAUCAAGGACACCCAGGGGUGGCGCCUCCAGACCAUUGCAUGCUGCGUCUCAAGCCUGCACGCUACCCCUAUGUGGCUUGUCGCCUUGUAUGUGCCAGAGAUGGCACCUGUCAAUAGAUACUUCAUCCCCCCUCAGUGGAUCUGCUUGUCCAUCACCUUCAUCGAGAUCUUCACCAUCUUCGUCCCCUGUUGGCAAGUCAUCAAGCAUCAGACACUUCGCCAAGAGACCUUAGAGUCCAUCGCUAUCUGGGAAGCCAAGAACCGACAACGCGAAGCAAGAUUCUCGUUCAUCACCGACUCGACCAGGGUUGCCUCUUCUUCUUCCACCACCUGGAAGUCCCUUGCGCAACUUGAGAAAGAUACAAGCCAGUCCGAGAGCGUCUUCACCAUGGGUGCCCUCGAGUACGUCCUGGACAAGAACCCUGAGCCUCUCCGGAAGUUCUCCGCCCUCAGGGACUUUUCGGGGGAGAACAUCGCCUUCCUCUCCGCCGUUUGCGAGUGGAAGUCUUCCAUCCCUCAGACACCUAGGUCCAGAGAGGGAAGGUCAGCAGAGCUCACCCGCGAACGAUUCAACCGCGCUUUGAACAUCUACACCGAGUUUAUCAGCCCCCGCCACGCCGAGUUUCAGAUCAACAUCGCAUCACAAGACCUCAAGAACCUCGAGAACAUCUUCGAAGACGCUGCCCAGAUUCUCUACGGCCGUCAAACCGAACGAUUCAGCGACCCCGUCGUGCCUUUUGAAGACCCUAACUGGUCUGCCGGACCCGAAUCGCCGGUCUCACCUACCAGCUCAAGGACGAGGGUAUCACAGGAUGGCACAUUACAAAUCUCCAUCUCCGAUCGCGUUCAAUACUGGGGCAAAAUCCCGGAAUCCUUCACCGCAAGCGUGUUCGACGACGCUGAGACGAGCAUCAAGUACCUGGUCCUGACCAACACAUGGCCCAAGUUUGUGAAGGAGAGGAGGUACUCACUGGACUCGGAGGACUCGGGCGACACUGUGGAGACAUUCGAGUCUACAUCGACACUCACCAGAGUGGUGAGGUACUUCAGGGCAAUGAGGGCUUAG